AUGCCGCUGUACGUUGUCGCACUCACUUGGCCAUUGAAAGCCCGUGUUGCUGUGCGCGACCUGUGGGAGCCCGAUACCUCGGCCGUUCAAAAGGCUCUCCGAAGCAUCCAAGAGACAGUCGGCUGGUCGGUCCGGUGCACGCCCGAUUUCGGCGUCCUCUGGGAAGCGCUCCAGACGGUGUACCCAGAUGCCGGCGAAUUUGUGACGGCCGUUGCCGCCUUGGUGCGGAUCUGGUGCCAGGAGCUCGACAAUCUGCUGAGCGACGCCGCCAACGAGGUAUGGGCUGAAAAGUUUCUCGAAAUUGUCGGCGAGUCUGCCGGCAAAGCCGUCAUCCUUGUCGUACAUAUUGGCAAACCUAGAGUCGCGGGUAGUACAUGGAACCCCUCGUCGUCAGCGUUUACGCUGGCGCUGCCGAGCACCCGCGUCACCUUUGCCCCCGACCACGCGGCCGAGCUGCGCGCCGACAUUUUCGGCGCCUUUGAAGCAAAGGAGCCGUCUGCGUCUGCGCCGCCGCCCGAGGACUGGGCCGACCUGGGCGAUGUCACGUCCGCGGUGGUGGUGGCCCCGGUCGCGGCCAAGGGCGCCGCAUUCUUGCCGACGCUCAACGACGUGCCGCGGCCCGACGUGCUGCAGCUGCAGCCGCCGUACCGGCUGAUGGUGCAUGAUCGAGGCAACCACAUCGAGGUGCACUGCAGCCACGGCCCGUCGCUCGAGCUGCUGGCGGGCUAUCUCGAGAAGUGGUGCCGAGCGAUCCCCGGCCGCUCCGACCGUCCUGCCUUGAUGAAUGUCCGUCUCAACAAAAGCGCGUUUGGGCUUGGUGUCGUGUACGACGCGCUGACGAUUGCGCCGCAUGACACGCGCGAGGGCACGCUGCUCCCUCCAGUUCUGAUACUCAGUCUGGUGGAAAAUGUACUGGGUUACAAGCUCGCGCACGAAUAUCCUCAAUCUUGGCGUUUUAUUCGGGAAGAUCCUCUAAAGACUGCAGCCUAA